AUCAAGCACUCUCUGUGAUUCCCUCUAUACUCGAUGGGACUAGUAUGGGGUUCGACGUGGAUAGGUUUUUGGAACCAGUUGAUGAUGAUUUGAAGUGUGGAAUAUGUUUCGGCGUACUAGAGGAGCCCUUGGCAACCCCAUGUGGCCACGUUUUUUGUGCCCAGUGUAUAAUUCAGUGGGCAGCCGAAAGCGGAUCAUGUCCACUCACUUGCGAACAGAUUUCUGUCGAGGAUUUGAAGAAGAUUCUGCCGCUCUGUAGUCUGAUCGCAAAGCAAAAUAUUCGUUGUGAGAAUUUUCGCCGAGGCUGUCCAGCGAUUUUACACGUAGAAAAUAUUCAGUCACAUCUUUUAAAAUGUCACUAUUCUAAGGGAAACACUUCCGGAGGUAAAAUUAUGGAACGCACUGCUAACUCCCCGGAAACUCGCGAAUUCGCUCGAGUUGUUGUCUGUGAGAAUGGCUGUGGUCUACCAUUGCUGUACCAAGACUCCUCCACACAUGACUGCAUAAAGGCCCUUCAAACUCAAGUCGCUUCGCUUCAAAUGAAAUUGACAAGGGCGGAGCAGGAGAAGGAAUUGGCCUGCGAGAGGAUAGCGAGGAGAGAGGAGGCCAAUCAAGAUAGAAUUUUAAAUCUGGAAAAUGAACUUCAUAGCUACCAAGUUCAGGUGCUUAACUUCGAAAGGCAAUUAAAAGAGUACCGCUUACAAGUGGGUUUUUUUCAGAAGAAGGCUGAUGUGCGCUGUGACCAGACCGCCGACGAGAAUGAGGUCGAAAUAUCACUCGUCCGUGGGGACGGUGGCUCGCUUGGGUUCAAUAUCAUGGGAGGCACAGAGGUCGGAAACAAUUCAGUUGGUGGAGGAAUUGUGGUCUCAAAGGUCGCAGACGGCGGGCCAGCCUCGAAGGAAGACGGCCUGAAAAUUUACGACGUGAUCUUGAAGGUGAAUGGUAUCGAUUUGACUGAGGUCAGUCACGCUACAGCUGUAGAAGUCAUCAAAACUGCUUCGGAACCGCUGAGUAUUCUAGUGAAGCGAAAGUGCAUCGACUCCAUCGUCGACUGGGUACCUUGUCUAACUUCAACAGGAACGCAAACAGAACUUUUUCUCUCCCAAGACAUGGAAAACGUGGAUACGGACAGCGGAAUCCAUGAUCGAUACAGCCCAAGACAAGACCUGCUUAUUCCGUUUGAGAAAUCCCUCGACGACGGAACGAGUAGCUCGGAGUGUUCCCACCGUCGGAUAGAGUCAUUCUGUAGGGAAGAUGUAGAAAAUUUCCGCUCAACAAGUGAGAGUUUGCCAAGCUCAGAAAAUAUUGUUGGCAGCGAGCAAGGAACAUUGCCCCGCGUCAAUCUUCUUGUGAAGGAUGUUAAUUACGUACGUGACGUCGAUGAGAAUUCAAGCUGUGAUUUGCAGUCUCAGCCCUAUGUGACAGCGGUUUCCGACGAGAUUUAUUUCGAUCCCGAGUUUGAUUACGAAUACGAGGAAAUAACCCUCUGGAUAGCAAACAGAGAUCUAGGAUUAACAUUCUGUUGCGCCGAAGAAGACGAGUCUACAGUCUAUGUGUGCGAAAUUGAACCUGGGUCCGUUGCGUACCUUGAUGGAAGAUUGACUUUGUGCGAUACAGUUUUAAAGAUAAACGAUUUUCCGGUGACCCAUCUCAGUGACAUUGAACCAUUAGUCUACGAAUCAACCUCGACUAUUAAAUUUCUUGUGGCGAGACCUGCGCAGGAGGUACGAGCGACUCUUGUUGGCAGCGAGGGAAGUCAGGAAUGGUGUUUCGUGGAUCCGAUUGAUGCCGAGCUGAGCAACUUCAGAAUUGACGUCAUCAAAGAGGAAGACGAAGAUGUAAACGAAACGCUUAACAGCGAAAAAGCAAACGGUGAAAAAUGCGAAAAGGACAGUGGUGUUGGAAGAACAGAUGAGAGCACCAAAAAUGACGAAAGCUCUGAGCCAGAACUCGGAGAGGAAGCCCUGCAACCGGCGGAUUCUCGGAGAAAUUCUCAAGAAAGUAGCGAUAAAUGCUCAAUUAAGGACGAUUCUGACAUGCGCGAACGACAGGGAAGUAACGCCUCGCGAGAGAAGGAAGACAGAGCGUUUUCUCCUGGGGAUAACAACUGUGGGAAAUCUCGUGGCCAUUCUGGGGUAGACUCUAGUCGAAGUAACAAAGAGCGCUCACCGGAAAAUUCUCGCUCACGGCGUCACAGCAACGGAUCGCCGAAUAAAAAAUCUCGCUCGCCUACGCGUAACGGUGGCUCGCCUCCUAAAAAGGAGAAGGACAAGGAAAAGAGCAAAGAACGGAGAAGAAAUCGUGAUUCGCAUAAAGACAAUCACCAUGAUGAAUCUCGUGGUGAACGGGAGCGAAGCCGACAUUCCGAGCCAAAGCGUAAUAGCAAGUUAGGCAACGUAAGCAGGACAAUACGCGCUUCUUACAUAAGGGCUGUAAGUAAGGACUCGACUCAACACAUUAAUUUGAUCGGAGAAUCGGACGUCUUUGGAAGGAGUGAUUAUCCAGAUCAUCGAAGUAAAAAGAAAUCAAACCUUAUUGAAAACCAACCACUGAAUGGUUCUCAGCAAAACAUUGAAUGGAAGGUGCGCAUGUCGAAGGACGGUAGUCAAAUUUUUGUGCGCAAGAGACCAGCGACGCCCGCUCGACAAGCGCGGAACAAACUUCUGCGCGAACGUGCGCAAAAAAUCACGGACGAACGCAAAGGUAUUACGACUGACGAUGAUGCGCAAACUAUUUAUCAAGGCCGCUAUUGGCCGAGAGAGGACCGGAGACGACAUUUAGAACGGGUGCGAGAGGCGCGCCGGAAAAAAAUCCAAAAACUGCAACAACUGAAAGAAUGUGAAAGCCCACACACGGGCAGCGGUUCAGAGAGUGGCAAAGGACGUCGAGAUAUCAUUGUGGAGAUGAGUCACCGUAAGAUGAAUAGAAAACAGUUCGACGAUUUUACCACAGUUCGAGAGUAUUUAACUCAACGAAACCCGGAUGGGUCACCUGUGGGACCUAUUCACGUGACCACAGUGUAAUGGGUCACCUGUUGGCCCUAUUCAUUUGAUCACAGUUUCAAGAAUAACGUAUCUGUGAAGCAACAAUUGUGGAUAAAUGCGUGAAAACUUCAGAGAUCACAGGCCACAAAUACUAAGCUCUUUGAAGCCAGGAGAUGUUUUAAUAGCCUUUUUUGUUUUGUAUUUUUUUGUUGUUGUUGCGCUUUGCUCUCGAGGUAACAGAAAGACCUGGAAAGAAGUGCAUAAUUACUGUACGCUUGCUGAAGUUUGGCGGGAAACGUUGAAAUUGACGAGUGACGCUGACGCUCGCUUGAAAUGUACAAAGCAACGUAUGUUGGUGGGAAAUGACCGCAUACAUGGCGCAUGUGUAAACACCCGUACAGUACCUUAACUAGAAUCUGGGUGUUUACUGAAGCUACCGACCACAUUUCCAAGCAGUAGGUUAUUUAUGAGGUCUCUUUGUCUUCAUACUAAAAAGGAUUAGACACCUUUUUAUAACCCAUUUGCGUUUACCUGUCUUUAAUCCUUAUUGUAAAGCUACUGUAAAUGUUUUAUUAGUUUUAUGUUAUGAAGUAACUAAAAAGUCAGCCAGAAAUAGUCUAUUUAAGUUUAUUAUCCAAUAUUUCGCAACUGUUGUUUGUCGGUCAUGUAUAGUUCCUCUAAGAGUUGCGUCGGCCAAUUCACCGUCUCUACUCGGUAUGGCUUGUAAUUUAUUGCCAAAAAGUACAGUAAAACAUCAAAUUCUCGGAUUCUAUCUAUGUAUAUAGUAAGAGAUGUAGUAUUAUGAGAAAAAGAAUAUUAAGGUCCAAAAAUUACAUCAAUUUUACGAACUAUCUAUCAAAUAUUUUAUUGAUGUUUUUGUUGUCAAACAGCGAAUUAAAUGACAAUGGUCUACUUUGCAGUCACUCCUUAUAGUGUACAACGUCAUUACGCCCCCCCCCUCCCUCCACACUUACAAAUGCACACUUACCCCCCUUUCCCAAAAACUGGCUGCAAAGGAGACAAAUAUGACUAAGAAUUGAAGUCAAACCUGUUUCCAUUUAAGAGGAUUUUUAUCAGAACAAUUUACCGGAAGUUUUAAGGCCUCUAUUGUUUGUUGGUUUUUUCGGUUAAUUAUUUAGUUUAAUGUUUUUCCACCAAUUCUAAGAGGUAAGAUUUUUUUUUCUUUGUUAAAUUCUCUGUCAGCCUUCAUUUCUUGCUGGUUUGACGAACAGAAACGCAGCUAAUUGCAAAUGCACAUAGUGAACUUAAAUUAGACCAACCGUUUAUGGCCUGAUAAAAUGGGCUGAAAGGUAGAAAUAUUGUAAAUAAAACUACUUGUUUUUAAGCUGGA